AGAGACUACUUCCCUGCAAGCAUGCGAGUGAUUGGCUGUUCCAACGAGAAGCCCCUCCCACUUGCGGUUAUUUUGGCAGGAACUUCCGGCUGCCAUUGACUGCUGAUUAUUUAGCAGAGACGGGCCAUUUCUAUUUAAAUAAAUGGGAGAAAUUGGAGCGCUCAACGGUCAACGGAUGUAGAAAGGAAGUCCUGCCUUUCAGGCAAAAGAGCCAAUCACCUUUUAGAUACAGACAUCGCCUGUCAUGCAACUCGAGAACAUGCAUGCGCAUUAGCUAUACAAGCCGGGAAAAUUGCGUUUUUAGCGUAAUAUGAGGAAAAGAAUCCAGUUGAUGGUUCCAGUAUUGUCAGAUUGUAUUGCUGAUUUGAAAUAUGUUCUUUGAUCGUACUCUUGACCAACCGUUUGUGAGAUUUCGGUCUUUCCCCAUUCAAGUAUAUAAGAGCUGCACUUACAUGACUGGAAAUAACCUCCCGAGAGCAUUCUGAAGAUGGCCGCCAGUGGACUGACUUGCUAGAAAGACUUUGCCCUUACUGACUGCAUCAUCAAUGCGGAUGUUGUGGUUUCGCAAUUAAACGCGAUUCUGUUGUUGACACACGACAAUGAAUGUGGAUUAAGUCUGGGAAUAAGUGGUUUUGUUGUGACUGAAGCGUUCUGGCCGAUCUGGAUAUUACAGCACGCAUUUACCAGGUUUUUCAAAGAGAAUAAAGAUGUCUGACAGCCUGUUGUCAUAUGAAACACUGGUGCAUGCGGUGGCAGGAGCCAUGGGCAGUGUUACAGCAAUGACAGUGUUUUUUCCUCUGGACACAGCCAGAAUCAGACUGCAGGUGGAUGAAAGCAGGAAGUCCAAGUCCACCCCCAUCAUUCUGGCUGAGAUUGCAAAAGAGGAGGGCAUAUUGUCUCUUUAUCGUGGCUGGUUUCCUGUCAUAUCUAGUCUGUGCUGCUCUAACUUUGUCUACUUCUACACAUUCAACACACUGAAGAGGGUGAUGGUCUCGGACAAGUCCAGACCUGGCAAAGAUUUGCUCAUGGGCUUCAUAUCAGGUACUGAAAUAGUGCUAAUCCCUCUCAUUAAGAAGGCAAAGUCAACUGUGUUCCUAUCCCUGUUGUUUAUAUCUCAUUUAGGAACUGUUAACGUGCUCCUGACGACUCCCAUGUGGGUGGUGAACACACGGCUGAAGCUUCAAGGGGCAAAGUUCAGGAACGAGGAGCUCCAUCAGACCCACUAUAAGGGCAUAUUUGACGCCUUCUCUCAGAUAAUAGCCAAUGAGGGAGUGGGAACUCUGUGGAACGGGAUGCUGCCGUCGCUUGUGCUGGUGUUUAAUCCUGCUGUGCAGUUCAUGUUUUAUGAAGCUAUGAAACGAAAAGCAGGACGUGGAGGCAGGAAGAUAUCAUCACUUAAAAUCUUUCUUAUCGGUGCCAUCGCUAAAGCUAUCGCGACAUCAGCAACAUAUCCACUGCAGACAGUUCAGGCCAUUCUCAGGUUUGGGCAGUUUAAAUCAGAUGGUAAAGGAGGUCUACUGGGCAGCCUCAGGAAUGUGGUUUCUUUACUAAUGGACCGAAUCAAGAGACAUGGAUUGUUGGGCUUGUAUAAAGGUCUAGAGGCGAAGCUGCUCCAGACGGUGUUGACGGCAGCGCUCAUGUUCGUGGUGUAUGAGAAGAUAACUGCAGCCACAAUUAAACUCAUGGGCCUUCAGAGGAAACUCAAGCACUGAGAUACUGUUGCCUUCACCACUGAGCCAUAUGAAUUAAUGAGACUGAUUAAUUAAUUACUACCUCUCUAACACACACCCUUAAGAGGAGCUCAGCGUAUCUCAUCACUCAUUUCGCCAGUGACACUGGGUAAUCUGGGUGUGGUCUGUCGCACCAUCACAUAGGUCAGUUUAGAAGAUUUAAUUUAGCCUAUAAUCAGAAGGAUUUUGGCAUAUUGCUUUUUUUUUUUUUUAAUUACACUCAAAUUUCCUUUAUAAACCUCUGCCUGGAUUGUAGAGAAUCUUGCUUGCUGGUAUAGAACUUGGUCCCUUUCACAUGUCUCGCUUCCACAUGAACAGCAUUGCAGAACGCGUCACACAAUGGCAAACUGAUAAUUAAUUUGCAUAGAAAAUGUUUAAUGUGCAUAAUAUGAUAAGCACUUUAUGUUGUCUUACAACAUGUAUGUAGAUACCAGUGCUGGGUGUAAUCUGUUUACAAAGUAAUUAGUCUUAAUUAUUUUUUAGUAAAAAAAAAAGUAGUGUAAUGGCCGAAACAUACUCAACGCAAGUACAUGAACGCAGACACAUCUUGCUACGCAAGCUCUAUUUCAGGCGUUGUUACGUACUGAAAUGUGUCAUCAUAACGCAAUUCAUAACUUAGCUCAAGUACGCGUUGCAUUCUCAACAUUGCCACAAGGGGUGCUAUAGCGAGAUUCGUAUAAACUGUCCACUUCUACUGAGUUUUUUCUUUUCAGCCAAUUACCGUCAUGGCAGAGCAACAGUUUGAAGAAUAUAUUGCUGAGCAAGUAAGUUAAAGUCAAUAUAUUUUUUGCUACUUACCUGAAUAAUAACACAUUCAGUUUAAUGGCACAGACAUUUGAAUGUAACUCUAUCGCCCCCUUGAGUAAGCGCUCACAUCUGCGUUCACCAGAGUUUCCGCUAAGAAAUGUUUGUGCCGGCCAUAGUGUCCAGAAAUUAAGUUUGCCGAACAAAUUGGAAAAAAUCCGGUCAUCUCAUUUCAGUGUUUUUUUUUUAACCCGCUGUAAACGCGAGGGACCAUGCAUGAUAAUGCGAUAUAGGCUAAUAAUGAAACAAUCAAGACAAAUGAAUGAUAAACGUUUAAUCAUUAUAGCUGCUUUAAAAAAAAUAUUUUUAAAAAAUUACAUUGGCAAAACAAAACAACUAAACUGCAAUUUGCCACAUAUCUAUUAGUUUAUAAAUAAAUAUUAAAAUAACAAAUCGUUAGGUUAUGUCAUAAUUUCUCACCUUGGAUAAUUUCAUUGGCUCUUUAUUUUUAUGGCUAUUUUCCUCAAAUUUGACAUGGCAUAAAAGCGUUUUGCUGCCAAAGUGAAGUGAAAUGUGUCCAGUUUUUCUCUACAACUUGAGAUUCACAUAAGCCUGGUGUCCUUCUCUCCAGAAGAUGGCAACGCAAGGGUGUUUUAAUGUGAUUCUGAAGUGUGCGGGGUAUAACCUGUUGUAGUUGCGGAAUAGUACUUCGCAAGCUAUCGGGAAAGUUUAAACCUCUGUGGCAGCAAAGUGCUGUCAUCAUUGGGAUGGUGUAACACUGUACACUUGUGCCUUCAACUUAAGGGGUUUCUGACAAAUUAAUAUUUUCACCGGACAUUGUGUUGCUAGACAUUAGGACAUUUCAACGGUCAAAAAUCUGUAAUUACUGGCUAACGGAAACCCUUGCAUUCACUUACUUUUGUAAAGUAUGUUUCAGCCUUAACACACUACAUUUUAAAUUCUAGUAAUCAGAUGGAUUACUUUUAAGUACAUUACUUGGUUUAUACAUAUUUCUAAAAUAACUUGUAUAAAAAGUUUAAAAUAUGAAUUCAUAUGUGCAGUUGAAGUCAAUUUACAUACACCUUACAUACGCCAAAUACAUUUAAACUCAGUUUUUCACAAUUCCUGACAUUUAAUCGUAGAAAACAUUCCCUGUCUUAGGUCAGUUAGGAUCACUACUUUAUUUUAAGAAUGUGAAAUAUCAGAAUAAUAGUAGAGAGAAUUAUUUAUUUCAGCUUUUAUUUCUUUCAUCACAUUCCCAGUGGGUCAGAAGUUUACAUACACUUUGUUAGUAUUUGGUAGCAUUGCCUUUAAAUUGUUUAACUUGGGUCAAACAUUUUGGGUAGCCUUCCACAAGCUUCUCACAAAAUGUUGCUGGAAUUUUGGCUCAUUCCUCCAGACAGAACUGGUGUAACUGAGUCAGGUUUGUAGGCCUCCUUGCUCGCACAUGCUUUUUCAGUUCUGCCCACAAAUUUUCUAUCGGAUUGAGGUCAGAGCUUUGUGAUGGCCACUCCAAUACCUUGAAUUUGUUGUCAUACCUUAAGCCCUUUUGCCACAACUUUGGAGGUAUGACCAAAGGUCAUUGUCCAUUUGGAAGACACAUUUGCGACCGAGCUUUAACUUCCUGGCUGAUGUCUUGAGAUGUUGCUUCAAUAUAUCCACAUAAUUUUCCUUCCUCAUAAUGCCAUCUAUUUUGUGAAGUGCACCAGUCCCUCCUGCAGCAAAGCACCCCCACAACAUGAUGCUGCCACCCCCAUUCUUCACGGUUGGGAUGGUGUUCUUCAGCUUGCAAGCCUCACCCUUUUUCCUCCAAACAUAAUGAUUGUCAUUAUGGCCAAACAGAUACAUUUUUGUUUCGUCAGACCAGAGGACAUUUCUCAAAAAAGUUAGAUCUUUGUCCCCAUGUGCACUUGCAAACUGUAGUCUGGCUUUUUUUAUGGCGGUUUUGGAGCAUUGGCUUCUUCCUUGCUGAACAGCCUUUCAGGUUAUGUCGAUAUAGGGCUCGUUUUACUGUGGAUAUAGAUACUUCCUGUUUCCUCCAGCAUCUUCACAAGGUCCUUUGCUGUUGUUCUCUGAUUGAUUUGCACUUUUCGCACCAAACUACGUUCAUCUCUAGAAGACAGAAUGUGUCUCCUUCCUGAGCAGUAUGAUGGCUGCGUGGUCCCAUGGUGUUUAUACUUGCGUACUAUUGUUUGUAGAGAUGAACGUGGUAACUUCAGGCAUUUGGAAAUUGCUUACUUGUGUCAUGCACAAAGUAGAUGUCUUAAAUGACUUGCCAAAACUAUAGUUUGCUAAAAUGAAAUCUGUGGAUUGGUUACACUUAGGUUGAAGUCAUCAAACCUAAUUUUUUAUGUAAACUUCUGUCUUCAACUGUAUGUGUUCGCAUUUCUGUGACAGGGAAGGGUGUGCAACAAUGAAUGAAGAAAUAUGGACAUUUCGAAUUUGUUGAGCGGGGAAAUGUUUUUUUUCUGUUAAGUGUUUUAGAAAGUAACGUGAAAGUAAUUAAUGUGUUUCCUUUUUCGAUGAAGUAAUCAGUAAAGUAAUCUUAUCACAUUUUUAGAGAAGUAAUUUAUUAUACUUUAUUAUUACCCAAUACUUGUAGAUGCGCAUAGCAUGAGCAUUGUUUUGAUUUGUACACCGAUUUAUUUACUGAGCUUCGAAACGUCACGGCAAACCUGGUCGUUUGCUGCUUUGCUCCAUACAGUUAAUGUGUGGCAUGCGAAAGGGCCUUUUUAGAGCCAAAAGUCUAAAUCUGUCAAUAAAAGCAGCAAGACUUAAAUUAUAAUAACAUAUUAAUGUAACUCGAACAUAUCAUGAGGGUGAUCUUUUUUUCUGAAUUUAAUGGUAAACAUUUCAAAGUGAAUCUGGGAAGUGUAUUAAAGUCUUUUUUGUUUAGUGCUACAGAACAUUUAUCUAAUCAAACGUUCAAAGGUCUGAUUAGAUCAUGCAGUCAUUAUUUAAUAAUUAAUUAGGCAUAAAUUGUACUGUCCUUGAAUGAAUACAAUGGAGCCUUAUCAUAGAUAAGUGAUGUGCUGCUAUGUCACAUGACAGACCAGAGAUUAAUCUGGGGAAUCAAAUAUGUUUAUGCAUUAUUAUCAAUACUGUGGAAUGAGGUAAUUUUAUGAAUCUAUUUUCAAACCAAUGAUCAGAUCAAAUCCAUCACAUUAACAUUGUCUUCUCCAAUCUUUAAAAUGAAUGUUAGAGAAAGAGUCUUCAAUAUUCUCGGCUGUGAUGACUACUAUAUGUUGGGCUAUUUAUUAAAGACUUUUUAGCGUAGCAUACAGAGGAUGGGUAAUAGAGAAUGCCCUGACAUUAAGUGUACUAAAGCAUUUGUUUCACAGUAUCAAUUAAUGAACAAAAUGAUUUAACACUGUAUUUGUUUUUCAUACAUUGAGUCUUCAUUGAAUUGCAUUUAUAUCACUCUGAAAAUAUGUUUAUUGUAAUUCAGCACACAUGAGAGGCAUUUUAAUAAUGCAGGGCACAAUAUUUAUAGAUGCAACUGAAAUUACUGAAAUUGAAAUGCAAGUGUAAAUUACUUGCCUUUGCUGUUACUGAGAGAAACUCUGUAGUUUACUGAAGUCUUACCUGCUCUGUAGCAAUGAAACUGGUUUGUGACCAUACAGAAUAAAAUAUAAAAAACUAAAACUUGUUAUAUACAAUUCAAAUGCAGUUUUGGCAUUGCACUUUGUUACUUAAUUUUUUUUUUUAGAGUUUAUUUUGUACUUUCAUUUGUGCUACUUUUUGGCAUGGUUAAAAUAAUUGCAAACAUUACGUCAAAGCUAAUAAAAGAUGGGAAGAUAUCAA